UCUGUCUCUCUCUCUCUCUGUCUCUCUGUCUCUGUCUCUCUCUCUCUCUCUCUCUCUCUCUCUCUCUCUCUCUCUCUCUCUCUCUCUCUCUCUCUCUCUCUCUCUCUCUCUCUCUCUCUCUCUCUCUCUCUCUCUCUCUCUCUCUGUCUCUCUCUCUCUCUCUCUGUCUCUCUCUCUCUCUCUCUGUCUCUGUCUCUGUCUCUGUCUCUGUCUCUCUGUCUCUCUCUCUCUCUCUCUCUCUCUCUCUCUCUCUCUCUCUCUGUCUCUCUCUCUCUCUCUCUCUCUCUCUCUCUCUCUCUCUCUCUCUCUCUCUCUCUGUCUCUCUGUCUCUCUGUCUCUCUGUCUCUGUCUCUGUCUCUGUCUCUGUCUCUGUCUCUGUCUCUCUCUCUCUCUCUCUGUGUAUACAUGAGAGUAAAUAAAGUUAGUGAAAGGGUUAGAGACACAGUAGGCUUCAACGGAAUAAAUAAUCGAAGAUAUCGCGCACAACAGUAGACGAAAGGUUUUCCUCGCUUGGCAUGACGUCAUGCGUCAGAGCAGAGAGGGCAGGGCGGCAGACAGAGAACGAGGGGGAGGAGAGACCGCGCAGGCGCAGAUCGGCAUUAAGAACUAACAGCAGCGCUCACUGAGGGAGAGACGGAUUAAAGGCGUCGCGUUUCAGUGUCACAUCCAACAUCAUCAGCACCACAAAACCCGGACCGCUGGGAAAGAGCAUUUUAAUUAACAGACCCGUUUAGAAAUUCACCCCCCUUUAAACAUGUCUGUGGGUAGUGACUUUGGGAACCCUUUAAGAAAAUUCAAACUGGUCUUUCUGGGGGAGCAAAGUGUUGGGAAGACGUCUCUGAUCACGAGGUUCAUGUAUGACAGCUUUGACAACACGUAUCAGGCCACAAUUGGAAUAGACUUCCUGUCAAAAACGAUGUACUUGGAGGACCGAACGGUGUGUCUCUCUGAUCCCCAGGUGAGGUUGCAGCUGUGGGACACGGCUGGACAGGAGCGCUUCAGGAGCCUCAUUCCCUCCUACAUACGAGACUCUACUGUGGCCGUGGUGGUUUAUGAUAUUACAAACGUGAACUCCUUCCAGCAAACGUCCAAAUGGAUCGACGAGGUCAGAACAGAGAGAGGAAGUGAUGUCAUCAUCAUGCUAGUUGGCAACAAAACAGACUUGGGAGACAAGAGGCAGAUCACCAUAGAGGAAGGAGAACAGCGGGCCAAGGAGCUCAGCGUCAUGUUUAUUGAGACCAGCGCCAAGACAGGCUACAACGUCAAACAGCUGUUUCGGCGUGUGGCGUCUGCCCUUCCCGGGAUGGAGAGCAUGCAGGAGACGAGCAAGGAGGGAAUGAUUGACAUCAAGAUGGACAAACCGCAGGAGCCUCCGACCACUGAAGGCGGGUGCUCCUGUUGAUCCUGAUUGGAAGUGUUCAUCUCCACCCCUUUGCUUGUGUCACUUCCUAUUGGUUAGCCUCCACUUGAGUUUUCAGAUUAGAAUCUGGUCUUUUCAUUUAAAUAUUGGUUAUCAGUUGGAAACGAUCGUUACACACGUAAAAAAAACACUCUACUUUAUUAACAAAUAAUGCCAAAAGAAAAGUCUUUAAAAUUAUUACAAUGAUCAUAAUCAUGAACAAAAAAUAUCCCUUAACCACAUAAAUGUAAUAUACUUGUUUUGGUAAAAGUAGAAUGGAACGUUUUCUUUUUUUUCCUUUUUGUAUUUUUGUAAUGUUAAAGAAAUAAAAAAGACACAGACAACCCAAAUUCUCCUCUUGGUUAGAGGCUCAAACGGCAUCCUGUUGUUCCCUAUAUAGUGCACAAAUAAAGCCCUGGUAAGUGCACUCUGAAGGGAAUAGGGUGUCACUGUGAUGGAAGGAAAGAGAUGAAUUGGAACACGCCAUCUCUAAUGGCUAGAGAGGGCAAACUGACCAGUAACUUUUCACUGAAUAUCUAAUGCAUGCAUGCCAAUUAUUAUUAUUAUUUUAUAUAUUGUAUUUUUUUUUAGGUUGGCUUAUUAAUGUGCUGUCUGCUGAUGUACACCGUUUGGAUAUGAAAAUGCUCUUAACCAACACGUGUUCACUCAUUUAUUUUCGUCUUCACAAAAUGCUGUGAUUGAAGCUGGGUUUUAAUAGUGUGUUUGUGUGUUUGUGUGAAUGUACGCUUUCUAUAUGAGAUACUGUAGAAUGCAACCAUCCACUGAGGGCAGCUGCCAAGCUGAGUCCUCACAGGGGACCCAUGUUCUAGCUGGUUAUCACAACUGUAGAGGGGCUUGGGUUUGCCGCGUCACUCCUCCUUGCUGCUGUUGUUGCGACUGCACUGUGUCAUACUAUCUACUAUGGUAUUGUGGUUAGGUGUUUGUCCCAAAGAGCACCCUACUCCUUAUACAGUGGACUACUUUGGACCAGGCCAAAACAGGGAAUAGAGCAGAGUGGACAGAAGAUUGGUAGCAGAAAGCUUACCCCUCGCCUCCUAAACAGUAACUCAAAUAAAAUAAAAUAUUUUUAAACUCAUCCUUUUAUGCUUUACAUGAAGUUCCCCUCCACUGUUUCUGUUCUGUAAAAAUAAAAAAAAGCAGCUCGUCAUUCACCACAUAAACAAGUUGUAACAGUUCCCUCGUCCUAGCCUGAGGGCCAGUCUGUUUGUGUUAUCAUGCCAACUCCCUGUCACUCAUUGUCAUGCCAAUUGACAGUCAUGGAGUAAACAAAGAGCACAGGGAGGGGGAUCAGGCUAUCCUGUAUCUGGUAACAGUUACACGUUCCUGUCAAAUAAAUCAAGAACAAAUGACUCAUUUGCACAUGUCGACCUUUGAGGUUAUUAUGAAGUUGUUCCCAGAGGCCUCGAUUCCUGUCCGAGUAAUUCCCUUUUUAUUUACUUCUCUCUGUAUGCGUUUUUCUGACUGUAACCUUGAAGCUGCAAUAUAUACCUUUUUUUUAUGCAUGACAGGACAAAAUUAAAAAUAGAAAUGUGUAUUAUAGAUCUGUCGUUCUCAUUGAAGGCAAGUGCUAAGAAGUGGUAGAUCUGUUCUGUGUGCCCUAUUUCUAUGCUUCCCGUUUUUUAAGUUUCGUUUUUGUAUUUUUUUUUUUUUUAACUUUCGGUUUUUGUACACCAGCUUCAAACUGCUGGAAAAUACAAUAUGUUUGGUUAUUGAAAAUAUAUUUCACAGCGGUUUAGAUGGUACAAUUAUUAUUUACACUACACUUGAUUGCCUACUUUAAGUUUAUAUGUGACAAAACAAACUAUUAAAAUUGUAGUAACCAGAAAUGGCGGAGCAUUUCUGCGUAGUGUGUCUUUAAGCAUGAGAACAGGUCUAUUCGUUUUGGGUGGAGAUGGAAGAAAUGAAGGUGUGUCUACUGUUACACCAGAUUCUGACCUUAAUUUAAUUCCCUCCUAAUUCCACCACCGUUACACACCCGGAAACCUUGAAUAAAUUCGAGCAAACAUACCGGUUCCAAGCGGAAAAAACAUCAUUUUAUUUUUUCCUGAUUAGAAAUAACACCCCUCUCCACGCACUGUAAUUUACUACUCGAUAAGAGAUAUUGAUAACAGCUAGGUAAAGGAGUCAUCCGUUUGGAAAAGGGAAUUGUAGAUAUAAAUGACACUUGUUUUAGAUCUAUUUUACCUUGUAGAAUCUGGAGAAAAAUGUGAAACCCAGUCUCAUAUGCGGCAAACUAAAGCAUAUCAGCUUUCCCACGGUAAAGUUCAUGAAACGCUGUGCCAUUAUGCAGAAUGUAAAUUGUGCAGCCUUUAAACUCGCGAAUGUAUUAAUUGUAGUCUAUCCCGCCUUUCUCUGUUUCCUGUUUCUAUCUUGUUAAAUAUUAGUCACUAUCCGUAUCGACCGUCAGUAGUCCUAAUAACAACACAAGUGUUUUGUAUGACUGCCAAUUUACUUUUCGUUCCUUUCAGUUGGUAUUGACUAUAUUAUCAUUCUAUUUCAUUCCAUUGUUUCGUUUAGCUCCAGUUGUUUCCUCUGUAGACGCCGUCACCGCCAUGUGGUUGUUGCGGAGGAUCGUUAGUAACGGUUAAUAAUAAAGCAAAAUAUAAAAAUAAAAAAACAGACAUAUAGUCUAAUUAAAUCGCUAUGGAGUGGAGUGCAACAAAAUAAUAAUAUUGAUACAAAAAUAUAUUGUUUAAAUUAAAAAAUAAAAUACUCAUAUUAAAAAAUAAAUGAAAACAUUUUAAUAAACAUGAAGUGGAAUGCAGACCAAGCCGUAACAGUUUGAACCUGAUGCAAAACAAAAUAGUUGGCUGUGUCAUCACAUAGUUCCAUGGUUAGAGCAGGUAAUAGACGGGGGUAAUCGCCUACGAUUUGUACACUAUUCUCCCUCUUAUAGUUCUAUGUACAUUAAUCUUCCAACAUUACCAUGGUUUAAAGAACUGAAUCUGGCAAUCUUCAGAAUCAAUCAAACCACUGUAUUUUUUUAUUCAUCGAUAUAUUUUGUGCAUAAAGGCUCUCCAAACUUGUUUUGUUAUGAUUCAUACAUACUUUCCUAAAACCCUAAAAUAUGCCUCAAUAAUCUACAAUAUUAGUGUAUUCUUUUUAAAUCUACCAGUUUGUGUUAAAACUGAGAUUUAAAUGCCUGUCUUUCAUUGAUCCCUAUUUUCUGAACCCGUUCUCUCAAUGUAUUUUAAGUCUGCCUGCAAAAAUUAUAAUUAAAGGUACACCGUAUUUAAAGGGAUAUUUAAAGGGAUGUUAAGAGAAAUGUAGUGAAAAAAAACCCCUAAUGAAUGAAAAGUCCACCAGAGAAAAUGUGGGAGGGUUUUCAGCAAUUGAAUUACAUUUAAACAGAAAACCAAGCCUGCAAAGCCUGUUAUACACCUCAAUGGUUGAACAAGUUGAGGAGACGACAUAACUUGGUUUUACGUUAGAUUGUAAACUGUCAUGAUCAAAACAAACAAGUCCCGCAGGCUCUAGUUUAGUCUUAUCUUGAUUAUUCUCCAGUCGUGUGAUUGACUGCUGCAAGGAAAGACCUAGUGAAGCUGCAGUUGGCCCAGAACAGAGCGGCACGUCAUGCUCUUCAUUGUAAUCAGAGGGCUGAUAUAAAUACUGUGCUGCCAGUCUUUCUUGAAUAAGAGAUGAGGAGAGACUGACUGCAUCACUUCUUCUUUUUAUAAGAAACAAUGUGUUGAAAAUCCAAAAUGGUUUGCAUAGUCAAUUUACACACAGCUCUGACACACACACUUACCCCAUCAGACACCCCACCAGGGGUCUUUUCACAGUCCCCAAAUCCAGAACACAUUUCAACAAAGUGUACAGUAUUAUACAGAGACAUUAUUGCAUGGAACUUCCUUCUAUCUCAUAUCGAUCAAAUAAACAGCAAACCUGGUAUUCAACAACCAGUUAAAGCAACACCUCACGGCACAGCGCCUCUCCUCGUUUUGACCCAGAUAUGUGUGUGUACAGUAUUGAUAUGUAGGCAACGUGGGCUGUUUUUACAUGUAUAUAGUUCUGUCUUUGAGCUGUUCUUGUCUAUUCAUGUUCUGUAUUAGGUCAUGUUCUGUAUUAGGUCAUGUUCUGUAUUAGGUCAUGUUCUAUGUUUUGUGUGUGGACCCCAUGUCACGUUCUGACCUUUAUUUCCUUUGUUUUGUCAUUAUUUAGUAUGGUCGGGGUGUGAGUUGGGGUGGGCAGUCUAUGUGUUGUUUUUCUAUGAUUUGGGUAUUUCUUUGUUUCGGCCUAGUAUGGUUCUCAAUCAGAGGCAGGUGUCAUUAGUUGUCUCUGAUUGAGAAUCAUACUUAGGUAGCCUGGGUUUCACUGUGUGUUUGUGGGUGAUUGUUCCUGUCUCUGUGUUUGCACCAGAUAGGGCUGUUUUAGGUUUUCACGUUUCUUGUUUUGUUAGUUUAUUCAUGUCUAGUGUCUGUAUUAAAGAAUCUCGAAUAACCACCA